AAGGAGUUAGUGAUUGUGGGGAAGAGAUUGGCAGCUGUCAGUCUCCGCCUUUCGCACUGAUUGGCCAUUCGAACAUUUAAACCUUAGACCCAUAAACCGCCCAAAUCACUCCAAUGGUCUCAUCAACAUGUUUUAUUCGGUUCUCGUCGGUUUGGUUGUUUCUUGUUUAAUUUUUCUGUACUUUAGUUUCCCAUAUUUUAUUCAGGAUUUUAUUUACGCACUCAAAAUCUUUAACGUCGGGAGGCUGGUGAGUCAAUUCGGCCGCAAAACUCCCUGUUACACGAUUCUGGAACGUUUUGAGGACGCCGUGAGAAAACACCCGGAGAAGCGCUUCAUCGUGUUUGAGGGAGAGAGUUAUUCUUACCGUGAUGGUGACAGGAUCAGUAACCGAGUGGCAAACGCGCUUCGGCAGCGCGCGCAGGUGCGUCCAGGUCAGAUCGUCGCGCUCUUUCACGGGAACGCGCCCCUGUUCGUGUGGACGUGGCUCGCGCUCGCCAAACUGGGCUGCAAGGUCGCGCUCCUGAACACGAACAUCAGGAGCAGAUCUCUGCUGCACUGCUGCACCUGCUGCUGCGCCACAGUCCUCCUCACUGAUGCAGAUUUGGCGCCGGCGGUUGCUGAAGUUCUGCCGUCUCUCCGUGAGCAGGACGUGUCUGUGUUCGUGCUGUCAGAUGCCUGUGAGACGGACGGCAUCGUGAAUCUGUCUGCAGAAGUGAGUGCCGCGUCCGAAGAGACUCCGCCCCUCAGCCUGAGACGUGACAUCAGCAUCAAGAGCCCCGCUCUCUACAUCUACACCUCCGGCACCACAGGUUUUCCUAAAGCUGCGGUGAUCAGCCACCAGAGAGUAUGGAUAAUGUCGUUUAUGCAGCGCCUGACCGGCGUGACCUCCAGCGACAUCAUCUACACCUACCUGCCUCUGUACCACAGCGCCGGCUUCCUCGUCGGCCUCACAGGGGCCAUAGAGCGCGGGAUCACAUUGGUGCUGAGGAGGAAGUUUUCAGCUUCCCAGUUUUGGGAUGACUGUCGGGAACACAAGGUAACGGUCAUCCAGUACAUCGGAGAGGUCAUGCGGUACCUGUGCAACACACCCCAGAGAGACGGUGAGCAAGAUCACAGCGUGCGUCUGGCACUGGGGAACGGGAUCAGAGCCGACUCAUGGGAGGAAUUCCUGCGGCGCUUCGGAAACGUGCGCAUCUGCGAGGGCUACGGAGCGACUGAGGGAAACAUCGGAUUCAUCAAUUAUACUGGGAAAAUCGGUUCCAUCGGGAGAGUGACUGCGGUCCACAAGAUGCUCAUUCCUUAUGCCUUUAUUAAGUUUGAUCCGGAGACGGAGGAGCCGGUGCGAGACGCUGCCGGACUGUGUGUCGAAGUCGCUCCAGGGGAAACUGGGCUGCUAGUGGCAAAGAUCAGUAAAAUUGCUCCGUUUAAUGGCUAUACUAAAAACCCUGCGCAAACAGAGAAGAAGAAGCUGAGGGACGUGUUUAAGAAGGGAGAUCUGUACUUCAACACUGGAGAUCUCAUCCUCGCCGACCACGAUGGCUUUUUGUACUUCCAGGAUCGGAUUGGAGACACGUUCAGGUGGAAAGGAGAAAAUGUGGCAACAACUGAGGUGUCUGAAAUUUUGGUCAUGCUGGAUUUCAUUGAAGCCGCAAACGUCUACGGUGUUCGAGUACCAGGUCACGAGGGGCGUGCUGGAAUGGCGGCUCUCAAGCUCACAGACGGGAUGGAGUUUGAUGCUUCUGCCACAUACGAUCACAUGAAGAACUUCCUGCCGGCGUACGCCAGACCGUGCUUCAUCAGAAUACAGAACCAGCUGGACAUGACGGGAACCUUCAAACAGGUCAAAGGUCAGCUGGUGCAGGACGGAUUCGACCCAAACGUCGUCCGCGAUAAACUCUUCUUCCUGGACGUCUCCAAGCAAACGCUCGUGCCCAUGACGGAGGAGAUAUUCAGCUCCAUCAGUGAAGGACACUUGAGACUGUGACAAACACUUGGAUUUAUUCAGAAUCAAACCAUGAAGUGAUCUGACAGAGAAGAUGAUUUUAAUCCAUCAUGAACCGACUGUAUGUACAUCUGGAGUCUGAACACAUCUGUGACUCAAAGGAAAUGUCAUAUUACUGAAACCUAAUACUAGGUCAAAAUAUUUUGUAAAAAUAAAUAAGUAAAUGGUACAAUAAUAGUAAUAAUCUUUAGACCGUAAUAAUUUUGCAUUAUUGUAAAUGAAUGUAUUAUAAAUAACUUCACAUGUAAGCAUAAUUUGUCACAUCAGAGAUUCCCAAACAUUUUUGUCCCUCUGAGAUUCAAUAUUUUAAUAAUUUAACAACACAUUCACAUGACGUAGGUCACAUGAAUAAGGAAGCCUGUUUCUGCCAUGGAAUAAAAAAUAAUAAAGGGAAUUGUGACUUUUAGCUCACAAUAACAACAAAAAAAAAGUCAGAAUUGCGAGAUAAAAUGUUGCAAUUACCUUUUUUUAUGUUUUAUUCCGUGGCAGAAACAGGCUUCCAUAGAUGACACGCAGAUAAAGAAAUAUAUAUUUUUAUCUUUUUAUUUUAAAAUGAUUUAAUUUUUAUUCACGCCAUGUCAUAAUUACCAAAAGUAUGAGAUUACGACUUGAAAAAGCAUUUACAUCCUUGUAGAACUCGUAAUUACUCGUAAAAAACUUGUAAACUGGGAAUUUUCUGAGCUCCCAGUUGUGUCAUGUGACAGCUGCAGAUUAAUUUUGGUGUCGAUAGUGUUGCCAUAGAAAAGCAUAAUUCUGAGUCUGAGGAUGUGAACGCAGCUUAAUUUUUAGCUUUGCGUCGACUCACAAACUCCAGUUUGAGAUACUGAAAACAAAUCCAUUUUUGUCCAUCGUUUUUAGGACGAUGACAAACAGAAAUUCAGUCAGUGUGUCCAAACUUUUAGCAUUAAAUAUGAGUGUUUUCAAGUAAAUGUGUUUUUAUUAAUCAAUACUGAGAGACAUUGAUCAUAUGAUGCUUUCUGUAAUAAUAAAGGAACAGAACGAA